AUGGCAUACUUCUCCAUCUUCCCAUAUGUAGCUCUGAUGGCACAGCACAAUGGCAGUUCACGGGCCACUGAUAUCCGUGUCUAUGUGGGCUUUUUUGAAGCACUAUUCUUAGCUGCGCAGGCCCUGGCUUCGAUAUUUUGGGGCACCAUGGUGGAUAGGUUUGGUGGCAAGACGAUGCUCAUCUGGAUUCUUCUUGGCACGGCUAUCAGCUCGCCGAUCUUCGGCUUUACUUCGUCGCUCUGGCAGAUGGCGCUUUGUCGAUGCUUCAUGGGAAUGGUGUCAGGUGGCGACGUCGUCAUCCGCGCUAUGAUCGGGAAACGGUGCAUGACGGAGACAGAGGCUACUCGUGGAUUCAGCCUAUCUGCCUUUGCUGGAAGCAUUGGAAUGGCCUCUGGACUUCUUAUCGGUCAUGCCCUUGUCAAUCAUGUCAGCCAAUACUCGACUAUCCUCAAAACAGUUUUUUUGCUUGAGCAACAUCCGUUUUGUCUUCCGGGAAUCACGAUCAGUGUCAUGAGUGCAACUUGCGCUAUUGUCAUUACAUUGUUCGUCGAGGAUGCCCAACAAAAGGUCAAUAGAGUCGUGGAUGACACUCCAUCUACGAAUUCUCUGCUCCCAACCUGGACAUUCCUCUGUCAAUUAAUCGCGUCUCGUGGUGUUGGCGACACACUUUCGUCUUUUAUCAAUAUUAGUCUGCUUGUAUCUGCUUUCACGGCCGUGGCAACCCUCGCACUAUACACAGACAUUAGCCAAGGCGGCCUGGAAUUCCCGGGCCACGAAAUUACGCUGUACACGAUCUGUCAGGGCGCUUUCUCAGCGUGCUGGCUGUUUUUAAUAUACCCAGCUUUAUAUCGACACUUUGGUACACAGAACAUCAUCUCAUCAAGCCCGGUUCUUUUUCCUUUCUUCUUUCUGAGUAUCAGCAUCAUGAACGCAUUUGUUCGCCCUGAUAGCGAAGCUGAUUUCUUCAUAUUUCGGGUCAUUUUGGGCGUGAUGACAAUCAUGGGGCCUGCUGUCUACAUGGUAGUUACGGCAGUCCGCGUUGGCUUACAAGAGGUAUCGCCCAGUCCUCGAAAGCUUGGUUUGCUCAAUGGAGUCGCAGAAGCGGCUUCUUGUCUACUACGAGUGAUAGCCUUAUCUAUGGGUAUUUUGAUCCAUGCCUUUUGCAAUUACCAUAGUGUGACAGUUGGGUACCUCAACUGGGUCGUCGUAUUACUGAUUGGGUUAUCUUUCUUUGUUUUGAUGUGUCCUACUUGGGCGAGGCUCAUACGAAGUUAA